UAUUAUGCGCCUGCUAGUCAGAACCCUCAGUCCCUCACCAUACCUCCGAGGCUCCGACCAAAACACCAGGGUCCCAGUGCUCUUGGCUCUAAGAUGGCGGCGCCGGAACCGGAGGCCAAGCUGGAAGCCGUAACCCCAUCUCGGUCCUACGAGCUGCCACCGGAGUCCGAAUCCGACGCCCCUGCCUCCACCGGCACCCAGGAGCUAAAGCCGUGGGAGCAGCACGCCGCGGUGAUCAACCUCCCGCGCUACGACUACCGCGCAUCAGGGUCCCUCCUCCUCCGUUCGCAUUCCGGCUUCCUCAUCACGUGCCCCAUCAAACCAUGUGAUGUGAAAAAUGCAAUUAAGAAAAGAAAACUGUGCUCGGAGGCAUCAGGAAGUUUAGAAGAGGCAGUAACGAAUGGGAAUAGUAGCAGUGUUUCAGAAUCAAUUGGAAGCACCGGAAACACAAGCUCACCCCAGUCCAAGGUGAAUGACAAUGUUGACAGGGCUUCAAAUCUCUCACUGGUUAAGCUAUCAAGAAGUGGCUUGCUCUUCUUUAAAUUUCCUAGUGGAGGCGUUCAUGUAGUUGAGAUGCUUACUGAAAUACUUCAUUCACUCAGAUCCGGGAAACUCAAAUCUCCACAAUGGUGCCACCGCAUAUUCCCAAUUCAAGAAACUUGCAUUCUAUCAGAAGAAGACCUGCAUGCCACUGUGUCAAAGUUAUUCCUUGACUUCUCGAGGAGCAAGACAAACGAAGACAAGCCUAUAAAGUUUGCGGUUGCCUAUAAUAGAAGGGGCAUUGAUGAGACAGAGAAGAACAGUAAUGAAGGUUCAAACCAGCAGACUUUGAUGGAUAGGGAGCAAUGUUUCAAAGUGGUAGCUGCUGCUGUCAAAUCCGUUGCUGAGAACUCAGUGGUUGAUCUUAGAUCGCCUGAGGUUGCGGUACUCGUUGAGAUGCUCCCGGUUUCCGGGGUACCUCUUGGAUCUUCGGUGGCUGGGGUGUCUGUUCUCCCAGCCGAACUCAUCUCGACCAAACCUCGCCUUUGUGUCAGGUCUUUGGUGCCUGAUGCAAAAGCAGGAAAAAAGAAGUGAAAUACGGUGGCGCCUCGUCAACCAGAGUAUCUGUAAUGGGAAACUGCCGAUGCAGUUUUUCACAUGCCUAUUUGUACCAGAGUACCAUCGCCUUAAUUAAGCCUUGUUUUUAUGAGGACAUGAAACCAUGAUCAGGGCUUGUCCUUUUUUACAUUAAUCAAGGCGAGUUUUUAAUAAUCAUAGAAGACACUGGUAUGCCUUCGACAAUGUAUCAUCCUUUGCCCCCGCACAAAUAGUCGUCUGUCUGCCUUUGGGGAUGUCAAAUUGUGUUUUGUGGCAGCAUAGAAGGGAGUUCAUUCAGUUCUUGCCUUCUUGUACUUGUCGUCCUUUUUUUUAGCAGCGUGCCGAAAUGUCAAAACUGGCCGGC